UGGAUUUGCGACAUUUGUCAAAGUUCAUUAUAAUUUCUGUGCAAUUUGUGUUUUUUUUUGUUUCUAUUUUCUGUAUUAUAUGAUGUAAACACUAAUCGUCGAAUCUUUCCUUAUAACUUGUACAACUCAAAAUACUUCGUGCCAAAAUUGUUUCUAAAUUAUAUAAAGUGCAGUGACAUAAAUAUUGAAUAAAAUAAAAGAAGGUUAAGAAUCGGCUUAUUGUAACAUUGUAACCUAUAUAAUUUGCUUUUUCUUCGUCUAAAUUAGCAGCCAGUUUGUAAGAAGACGUUGUGACAUGGUUCAACAAUAUCAGUCACCUGUUCGGGUGUAUAAGCAUCCUUUUCCGCUCGUAAUGAUGGCAUAUGAACGCAGAUUUCCUACUUGUCCAAAAAUUCCUGUUUUUGUCGGUUGCGAGAUAGUUUCAGAUGAAGAAAGUAAAAAUGGCUCAAUUAGAAUAACAGAACGACGCUGUAAAUUAAAUGUUGAAGCACCGUAUAUUUUAAAAAAGAUCAUUGGAGUAGAUUUUGUAUACUUUAUUCAAAGGAAUGUUUUAAAUAGACGAAAUAGCGUUCUAGAAAUAGAAGCGUAUAAUGAAAGUUUUUCAUCUAGAGUAUCGGUUAUCGAAAAGUGCAGAUAUUUUGUUCAUCCUGAAAAUCCAGAAUGGACGUGUUUUGAACAAACUGCAAGUUUAGAUAUUAAAAACUUCUUUGGUUUUGAAAACUCAAUGGAAAAAUUAGCGAUGAAACAAUAUGCUCAAAAUAUUGCAAAGGGCAAGGAGAUAAUUGAAUACUUCAUAAAUCAAUUAAAAGAAGAGGGUAUUGUAUAUGUACCUCCAUGGAAGGAUCCAAAUGAUAUAUCUGAGAAAGAUGAAGGAGAUAUUGAAAAAAGUCAAGAAUCUCUUGAUCCAGAAGAAACUUAUUCUUGCGCGGAUAACAAAUUACAAAAUAGAGAAAUGCAGUUAUCUUCAGAUUACAUAGAAAGAUACUUAGGAAAGCUUGACAUGAUGCAAGAAAGCAAACUUAUUCAGUUGAGACAAAGCAUAAAGGAAUUAAGGGGAAGUUCAAUACCUGGAGAUGCGACUCUUCUAAGAUUUUUAAGGGCUACUGAAUUUUCAGUUGAGAAAGCAAAGGAAAUGCUAACACAGACAUUACAUUGGAGAAAGAAGCAUCAAAUUGAUAAGCUACUUGAAGAAUAUGACAUACCACAAGUAGUGAAAGAUUAUUUUCCUGGUGGUUGGCAUCAUUUUGAUAAAGAUGGUCAACCUUUAUAUAUUUUAAGAAUGGGACAAAUGGAUGUAAAGGGAUUAUUGAAAUCUAUCGGAGAAGAUGACUUGCUGUUGCUGGUACUACAUAUUUGCGAAGAAGGACUGGUCCUUAUGGAAGAAGCAACUGGUGUUUCUGGCCAUCCAGUUUCGCAGUGGUGUUUAUUAAUAGAUCUUGAAGGUCUAAAUAUGCGUCACUUAUGGAGACCUGGUAUAAAGGCUCUAUUACGUAUUAUUGAAAUCGUUGAAAUAAAUUACCCAGAAACUAUGGGGAGAGUUUUAAUUAUGCGAGCGCCUAGAUGCUUCCCUAUUUUAUGGACAUUGAUAAGUACAUUUAUAAAUGAAAAUACAAGAAAAAAAUUCAUAUUUUACUGUGGCACCAAUUAUCAAGAACAAGGUCCUGGUAGCCUAAGUGACUAUAUCGAUCCUGAAUUUAUCCCAGAUUUCCUCGGAGGAUCAUCCGAGGACAAUGUAUGCGAGGUUUAUGGUAUGGUACCUCGAAGAUUUUAUAUUUUCGACGCAACUGCUAAUAACGCCUACAUUACUGAAGGAGGAAUUGUACCGAAACAUCUAUAUAAAAUGGAAUUGGAACCUACAUCGUCUCAAGAAGAGCAUAAUCUAUACCAUUGCAUUAGUUUAAGCCGUGGACAAAUUCAUCGUGUAAUAAUCCGUUCUAAUGAUCCAGGAGCAGUUUUAACAUGGGAUUUUGAUGUGAUGCGUCAUAAUAUAAUAUUCACCGUACUUUACCAAGCUUAUAAUGAUGACAAAGAUCUUUCUUUGGAAUCUGUUACAGCUGAAGAUGCAGAAUUAUUAGAGAUGAAAGAAAUCAAAGGACAUUUCAUUAAGGUCGAACCGAGCAUUGUUUGUCACGAUGGUGAAAGCAUUCAAGGUUCUCAUAUAAUGCAAGAUGCUGGUGUAUAUAUAUUGCAAUGGCAUAAUCAAGAUGAUCCAGGAGAGUUUCUUCCAUCCAUUAGUGGUCAUAAAGCCCAGCUUAUGUAUUUUUAUGAAACAUUAUCUUCAGUUCAUUACAGGGGAUCUAUGAUGAGCUUGCAAUCUGCUAUAAGUACAAAAUCAGAAGCAACUUCAUUUUUGUCUAGAUGACGUGUAAAGCAUACAUCAUAGAGUGUUUACCAAGGAUUAGGAUUAUGAAACAUUGAAAAUAGUGGCUUUAUUUGAAUAAAUUUAUUAAUUUGCUUUGGAAUUUCUUCCAUAUUGCAAUAACAUUAUAAUAUUUAAAUUUUUGAAUCUUAGUUUAUAACAGCACUGUUAUCACGUUUUAAAUAAGUAUAUAACUAUCUAUAUUGUAAUCGCUUAGUAGAAUGCACGAAAUUUUAAUUCAUAAAAUAUGUAAAACAAUUUGAGGUAUAAUUAAAAGUUUAAAUUCGAAAUUAA